AACAAGAGGCACGGAUGCAAAGCCGCUCAAAAACAACGGCAAAAAACACAUUUUUUUUCCAUCUGAAAAAAACAUGUAAUCUUUCUAUCCAUCACACAUACAGAGGAAACGAAGAGAAAAAGAAAAAGAAAUCCAAGGAGGGAAAAAAAUUGGCCGAAUUCCAUCCAUAAAUAGUCCCCCCAUCCACUUGCGAUUUUCGCUAUUGCAGCAGCUUCGCUUCCGCUCGGUUGCUGCAGCCAAGGCCUUCGUUCUUGGAAGCGAGAGAGGGGGAGGGAGGAGAGGAGGGAGGCAAUUGGGUGAGCCUUUUGGGAGGAAGAAGCUGCGUGGGGCCACCAGCCUUCCUCUUGCUCACUCACCACGUUCUCCUCUCACCAAACUCUCUCUUAUCUCCUUCCAAGAUCCCAAUCCUUUCUUUUGUUUCGUUUCGUUUCCCCAUUUUUUGUUGCUGCUAGAGCCAUUGCUUGAUCUUUCAGCUCGUUGCAGUGCUCUGCUCCCGUCUCCAGCUGCAGAGAUCCCGCCUCAGGUUGGGGAAAUUAAGCUCGGAUUUAGCUCAAAUUUGAGGAGUUUUUGUUGGGUUGAUCGGUUCUUGGCUGUUCUAAUCCAAGAAAUCCCCCUGCUGGGCAACAAGUGUCCUGCGUCCCCGUGUUUCCUGGGCCUCGAUUCGAUCGAAUCCCGUCCAAAUUUCCCCCCUUUGUAAAGCUGAUCCCAUCGCGUCACCCGCACGGCUUGUUCGAUCGGAAAGCAGCGUGAAGAAAAAAGGGCUAGUUUUUUGAUGCGAUUCUGGUCGUAGCAGCAGCAGCAGCAUCAGCAGCAUCGGCUUCCACUGGUUGGUUGCUUAUUUAUAAGGAGCAGCGCCCAAUCGGAGCUGCUGCUCCACCGCAGUAGCGGCGGCGGCGGCGGCGGCUGGUUGGUUUGCUUGGCUUUUUUCUCUCUGAUCGAUGCUUUCCCUGCUCGCCACCUUCGCCUUGGCCUGCCUCGUCUUCCUGUCGAAGCCAUGCGCGCGUGAGAUGAGACUGUUCCUCUCGACGCUGUGCCAAGAACUCGCCCUCGCGCUGCUCGGGUUCCUGGCCGGGUUCCGGCUGCUGGGCGGCGUCGGCGCGGCCACCGCCGCCACGGAGGACGCCAUGCCGCUCAUGCCGUCGUUCAAGAGGAAGCGCGCGGCGGCGGCCGUGGUGGAGACCGCCGCCGAGGAGACCGGCGAGCCGUCGGUGCUCGACCUCCCGGAGCUCACCAUCGAGUGCAUUCUCGCCAGGCUGCCCCCCGCCGAGCUGCGGAACAUGGCCGCCGUCUGCCGCUCGAUGCGGGAGCGGUGCCGAGCCGACCACCUCUGGGAGCGGCACAUGUCGGAGAAGUGGGGCGGCGUGCUCGGCCACGCCGCGCGGGAGGAGUGGAGGACGUACCUCGCGUCGGCCAGUGAGACGGGCGGCGCCGCGGGGUGCUCGCUCGGCGGCGGCGGCGGCGGCGGCGGCAGCGGCAGGCACCGGAAGUGGCUCGCCGCGCUAUCCUGCGUCUGCCCGGUGGUGUCCUGGAUGCGGCCGAGGGCCGACGGCGGCGGCGGCGGCGGCAAGUCGGCCGGCCCUGUGCUGGAUGAUUCGGUCAUGUCGUGCUAUCUGUCCAUGGAGAGCGGCAAGUUCUGGUUCCCGGCGCAGGUCUACAACCGUGAGCAUGGGCAUGUUGGAUUCAUGAUGUCAUGCUACGAUGCAGAGCUCAGCUAUGAUUUCCACACUGAUACCUUCCGUGCAAGGUAUCCACCGCACGGACGACGGACUGUAGUCUUGGAGGAUGGGGUACAAUGGGAUAGGGUCAGGGCACCUCCAGUUAACACUCAUGCGCAUGACCUGCAUGUCUCUGAUUGCUUACAUGAGCUCCGCCCAGGAGAUAACAUAGAGAUCCAAUGGAGAAGGAACAAGGAAUUCCCAUAUGGCUGGUGGUAUGGAGUUGUUGGCCACUUGGAGUCAUGUGAUGGAAGUGAGCACUUUUGUCGGUGUCAUCUUAGUGACACUGUUGUGUUGGAGUUCAACCAAUACACACCUGGGUCAAGAUGGAGGCAGGCGCUGGUGAACCGGAAGGACCACAGGGAAGAGGGCAAUGAGGGCGACGGCUUCUACGGUGGAAUCAGGAAGCUCCGCAGCAAGGAUGAAAUCUCAAAGUGGAGACAGUUGUGGCCAACAGACAUUCUUGAGUAGCAAGGGCAGAUUAUCUCGCCGUUAUUAUUUCACCAAGUUGCCAAAUUGAUACUCUCUCCCAUUGAUCAAUCUGUAUCAUGUACCCUGACGCCGCCCAUUUCCUCCCACUCAAGCUGUAUACAUCCACGGAUUGGAGCAUGGGGUGACAAAAUCUGGUAGCUGGGACACUGUUGUGAAACAAAACUUGUAAGGCACAGAUGCACAGAUUGCUUCCGGUAAAACGGGCAUUACUGAGCCUGUCGAUCAAAGUCUACAGCCAUUGUAUGUAGCUGCACUGCUGCAGCCUGUGCCUCUGCAUGUUGUUGUAGCUGUAGAGCAGAAAGAUCAAAUGUAAAUUACUACACUCUUAGCUCAAAUUUAAUUUACGGCAUGUCAGUAUGCCGUGGCUCACGGUUAGUCAGUGCUUUUCUUA